CCUCGAAACACACCCCUCAACCUCCAUCUCACUGCCUGGCUUAGCUGGGCUAGCGCAUUAUACACCUAAGUGCCUGCUGCUGGAAAGUUAGGGAGCUAAAUCAGAUUAUGCUUGAGUCUCACUCCACUAGUCGGUAGUGUUGGAGAAGUCUGGAGAUUUGGGGAAAGCUAAAGACAUUUGUGCUAUCCUGUAGUUUCUUUGGGUUGGAUCCAGCCUGAGAGGCUGCUCCCAGGCUCAGACUGACGGCUGACUGAAGAACCAUUGAAUGGGCUCAACAUGCCUUCAGACGAGACUUAUAACUUUGUCUUUAAAGUGGUUCUGAUUGGAGAGUCUGGCGUGGGCAAGAGCAACCUGCUGUCCCGUUUCACCAAGAAUGAGUUCAAUCAUGACAGCCGCACUACCAUCGGAGUGGAGUUCAGCACACGCACUGUGCAGCUGGGCUCCGCCACUGUGAAGGCCCAGAUCUGGGACACGGCCGGUCUGGAGCGCUACCGAGCCAUCACCUCAGCGUACUACAGAGGUGCGAUGGGAGCAUUGCUGGUCUAUGACAUCGCUAAGCAGCUGACGUAUGAGAGCGUGGAGCGCUGGUUGAAGGAGCUCUAUGACCAUGCAGACCCCAACAUUGUUGUCAUGCUAGUGGGCAACAAGAGCGACCUGGCGUCACUACGAGCUGUGCCUACAGAGGAGGCCAAGGAAUUUGCAGAGAAGAACAGUUUGUUAUUCAUAGAGACCUCAGCCUUGGAAUCCACAAACGUUGAGGCUGCGUUCAAUAACGUCCUUGCAGAGAUCCACAACAAGGCGACCUGCAAGCAGGCCACACGUGCGUCCUUCAGUGCUGCAAUCCUGGCCACACAGCCUUCCCUGGCUGGGAUAGAGAGGGAGGAAAAGCGGGCCUGCUGCUAAAAGCUCUGGAGGAAGAUUCAGAGGGUGGACACAGUACACACAUCUUUAUCGUAUCCAUUAAAGGGACCCAGCAGUGUGCAAAAUGAGGGUGUGACAAUCACCAAGAAAUAUUCCAUUCUGAUAGAUAGCAGAGUGGGGAAUGGUGGUGCCAGAGAGGAUUGUUGAUUUUGUUGUUUAAAGCAAAAAUGUUUCAUUCAUAAAUAGAGGGAUAUCGCUUAUCUGGUCAAACAUUGUAAACAUUGCUGUUUGCAAAACUGAUUAGAGAAAUCCUGAUAUUUGUAUUUUGUAUUUUGUAUUUACAUUGUACUGCAUCACACUAAAUAAUUGUCAUCCCACCAUUCCACCAGGCAUAAUAUAACCUAACCUCUCAUUCACUAACAUUAACAUAAUGAUUAUCAUGAAAAACAAGAAACAUUUGUUGAAAUUGGAGCUAUGACAUAUUUCAGCUAUGAUACCCCUCUGUGGUGUUUACUCUUAGUAUUGGAAAUGUGAUCAAAUGAACUUGAUGAUGGUUGUAACACGCAUUCAAUGUUUAUUCAACAUUUUAGGAUUUAGCUAGCUAGGUAAGCUGUUUGUGCACAGAAGUGAAAAACAGUAUUCAUGGGAUUCUUAUUACAGAUGAGAAUCUGAGAAGAGGUUCCACCUUGUCUGCUCUGGCUGUCUUGAAACCACUCUGUAAAUUGACACCAAGAACUAUCUUGAAGGGGCUACUUCUUAAACUCUUGAAAUUUGGAGGGGUUUACAUCAUUCAUGUGCAGAAACAUCUUCAGUUUUGUUUUAUAUGACAUAAAAUGUACGGCAUAUUUGAGAUUUAAAACUUUACAUUUUGUAUCUGCUUUUACAUAUUAUCAGUAGCCCACACCUGUAAUGGGAAUCCUACACUCUUCCAUAUAAAACUGAAAUAUGUAUUUAAAAUGUAUUUAAAAUUAACCCGUAUCUGUAUUUUCUUUUGAUAUAAUAUGGGCCUGUAAUAGCUGAGCUAGCUAUAUCCAAAUCUGCAUUUUGUAGGAAAUAAAUACAUCUAUACUUCCCAUUGAAAA